ACAACAAAGAUCAGAUACGCCAUGGAAAAUGAAACAUCUGUGACUGAGUUCAUUAUACUGGGCUUCUCAAAACUCCCAGAAAUGAAGUUUUUAUUGUUUCUGGUGUUUUUUUGUCUGUAUUUCUUUACAAUACUUGGUAACAUUAUUAUUGUUGUCACCAUCAGUUUUGAUUCUAGCCUAGAGACUCCCAUGUAUUUUUUUCUAAGGAAUUUGUCUUUCUUGGAGUUAUGCUUCACCUCGGUCACCAUACCCAACAUGCUUGUAAAUCUCCGUUUGGCAGAAAGCAAAAUCUCUUUUGUUGGGUGUGCAACACAGCUCUAUUUCUUUUUACUGUUUGGUGUCACUGAAUGCUUUCUUCUUUCUGUCAUGUCAUACGACCGCUAUGUGGCCAUCUGUAUCCCAUUGCGAUACACAGCCAUCAUGGACAAGAAAACUUGUCUCCAGCUGUCUGUGGUGUCUUGGGUUGCUGGAUUCUUGGUGGCAGCAGGACACACCACCUUCAUUUUUAAUCUCCCAUUUUGUGGACCCAACAUAAUUAAUCAUUUCUUCUGUGAGAUUCAGCCAUUGCUUGUGCUGAUUUGCGGAAACACUUACUGGAAUGAAGUCCAAGUCAUUGCAGUGGCUGGUGUUGUACUGAUGCUGCCCUUCAUUUUUAUCCUGGUGUCUUACUUCCAUAUCAUCACAACCAUCUUGAAGAUGAGAUCGGCCAAAAGUAGGCACAAGACCUUCUCCACUUGUUCUUCUCACCUCAUUGUAGUCACCCUGUUUUAUGGCACAGCCCUCUUCAUGUACACACGGCCUAAGUCCAGUUAUUCUUUGGGCACUGACAAGUGGUUGUCUCUGUUCUAUUCCGUCAUCACACCAAUACUGAACCCCAUAAUAUAUAGUCUCAGGAACAAAGAGGUAAAAGGGGCAAUGUGGAAACUGUGUUCUAAAAUCUUUCUUACGCCAAAGGUUUAA